AUGACUAAGGUGUAUAAUGCUAUCAUAGGUGAAUCUUCCGCAGUGGAUUGGUACCAUGUGUUGUGCCAUAACAUAGCGAGACCUCGAGCAAAGGUUAUCCUUUGGCUGGCCAUUCAGAAUAGGUUACCAACGAAGCAAAGAUUGUACAAGUUAGGUAUGUUGCAGCAACAAAUAUGUGAGCUGUAUGAUGGAGAGGAUGAGAGCUUAGAUCAUUUAUUGUUUCUGUGCCCCCAAGCAGUGGGAAUAUGGACUGCAAUGUUACAUUGGAUGGAUAUUAAGGACACUAAUAACUUGAACUUCAACUGGAUCAAGAGAAAGACUAAAGGCAAAGGUAUAAGGAUGGGUAUCCUAAAAGUUGUGAUUGCAGAGGUGGUCUACAGCAUCUGGAUGUACAUAAACCACAAUAUUUUUGGCAAUAUGGGGCUUUAUAGUAACACAUAUAGUAUAGUUAGAAAUAUACAAGAUGUUAUAGUAUAUAGAGGGUGGAUGAAACCCACCUAUAGAGAGCAUUUAGUUAAUCUCCUUAUGUAA